GGGCUGAUGGAUGAUGGCCCACAGCCAGUCUCGGAAGCGAUCGCGAAGCAGGAGCAAAAGCAAUUCUCGGAGCAGACAGGAGAGGAAGGAGAAGAAAAGGAGGAAAAGCAGCAAGGACUCACGCCGGGGCAGCAGCUCUCCUCCGAAGAAGAAGCGGACCUCUGGGACUCACAGACACAAGUCAAGCUCAGCAGCAGCUGGGGAAGAAAAGAAGAAGGAAAGAAAGGACAAAAAGAAGAGGAAGGCAAGUACCUCUUCCUCUGAGACAGCAUCUUCAUCUACUGGCUCCUCCUCAUCUUCCUCUUCCUCCAGCUCCUCUUCUGAUGACUCCAGUGACAGUGACUCCAAAACAAAGAAGAGUCAACAUGGCAAAAAAAAGCGAGCGAAACAGAAAGACAAAAAGAAGAAGAAGAAGAAGAAGAAGAAGAGACUAAAGAAGAAAUCAAAGAAGAAGUCAAAGGAAGGGGCUAAGGAGGAGAAAGCCAAGGGGGAAGUGGUGCCUGGCCCCUCGCUGGAGCAGUGGCAGAAGGAAUCACUGGUGGACUCUGGACCAGUUUUGACAGACGAACAAAAAUCCCGAAUCCAGGCUAUGAAGCCAAUGACAAAGGAAGAAUGGGAUGCGAGGCAGAGUGUCAUAAGGAGAGUCGUGGAUCCUGAAACGGGGAGAACCAGGCUUAUUAAGGGAGACGGAGAAGUGCUGGAAGAAAUCGUCAGCAAGGAGAGACACAAGGAGAUUAACAAGCAAGCCACCCGGGGGGACGGGCUGGCCUUCCAGGCGAGGACGGGGCUGCUGCAGUGAGGGCCCGAGUGCCAGCCCCGCCGGGAGCCCGGCCCAGGCCGGAGCCGCUGCGCCCCACGCAGACAGCGCCGUGGCAAGAUGCUUCCCCGGGGGCAGCUUCCAGCCGCUCUGUAAGUUACCAACUGGGAAGGAAAGCGACUUUAAUGGUUCAUCUGCCAGUAAACAGCUUCUCCCCUCCCUCUCCCGACUGGGGCCAGCGUGGCUGUAACACACUUAGACCUGCUCGCCCCGAUGCCCCUUUUCGAGGCUGGAGGAGCUCAGCAGCACCUCGGGGACAGGCUCGCUGGUGCUGAGCACCCCAGGGUGCUGCUGCCCCUCAGCUCUGGGUUUGGUGGGCGGGAGCCAACGCCGCGCCCAGGACAGGGUGGUGCUCGGGCUGCGAAACGCAGCUGACCGCCACGACUUCCCUUCAGGGGCUGCUCGUGGCCCCUUGCUUGCUGGCUCUGCAUGCCCGCGCUGCUGUGUGGCUCUGCUCAGGCUGCAGCUCUCCUCUCCGCCUUCGAAUGCCGCUUUCUGCUGCGCCCCGGGGGCUUUACUGAGCCUUUCUGCAGCUUCAGCUCCUCGGGCGGUGCUGGGGGAGCCCUGGCCUGGCACAUGGGCAGGUGUUGCUUUGCAGUGGGGUGGCUUUGCCUUGCCGUCUGUCCCUGCAUGCCACACGUGUCCCUUUCCCACAGCACAGGCCCCAUUAGGGCUCCGGGCUUCUCGGGGCCCAUGGAGCAAACAGCUGGCCUUUCCCCCACUGCAAAGUCCAUAAAUCUACAAACUGAGA